AUGCAGGAGUUGCAGAACAAUCUCGCAGAAGUGCAGCAAAUUCAGGAGAUAUUGAACCAAGGUUCUGCGCAAUCAGAAGCGGCUAGAGAUCUAAUAUUUGAGUUGCAAUCCUCCUUGCGCUUACUGUCUAAAGGAGCGGUAGUCGAGAACAAGGACAACGAUCUUGGACGCAAGGCUCAGUUCUGGCCUCCUGAAAUCGCUGCAACCCUGGAGGGUGUGCAAACAUCGAGUCCAAGAAGUACUGCUGUCACUCAAUCUGUCGGUGCCGAUAAGCAUCUUGACCCGAAUGAGAAGUUCCUUUUCAACGCCGAUGGCUAUUCCCCAGACGAAGUCGCCCAUAGUCAGCCUCGAAACCAAUGGGAAGAUGAAGGAUACAUUGACCGGUGUGUCGAAAUGGAUACGAACCCUGUAGAAGAUGCAACAAAAUCGGAGACCAUCCAAGAGUUACUCCAGGGACUUCAUAUUCCUUUACCAUCCUUUGGAACUUCCGCGGAAGGACCAUUGAGCCUCACCUUCUCCGAGAACGACUGGAAACAACCGAUGAUUGAGAUUCGCCAUUGUAGAUGGCUCGAUGAGGUCAACACAAUUCUUAACCUGGAUAGCCAGAUCACUAUUGGGUCAGCGGUUCCCCUCGAGGAGGCAGUCCUCGCAGUGUAUCACUUAAACAGUCAACAAUCAAAGCUUUCCAGAACGCACAGAAAGUUAAUGUUCGAUGCCUUGCGAGCGAGGCUACUUCACUGCGCCAUUUUAGCUCGAAUCGGAGGCGACAAGAGACGAUACUUUGAGCUCUUCCCAGUGUCGUGUAUUGGGGAGAGGAUUGACUUGGUGCCAACUCCUACCGACUCUAAGGUAUCUGGCUACCUCUGUAAAUGGAAUACGCGUGGUGACGAUCAAUGGGAGUGCGAGAUUAGCGAUCGUGGUAGCAUGGUAUCAAAGAAAGUGGACUGGAAGGAGCUGAAGGAUGAAUCAUUGGUACUAAGCGGAGGAAUGGGCCAACUUCAUCAAGGUCUCCUUCAUUUGGUCCAAAGAUGCAAGGAGGAGUGGCUUCCGAGGGUGGGCACAGAAGAGUAUAAGACUUUCCAAGGUGCAGAAUUGGACAGUAUCAGCUGGGAAGGACUCACCUCAGAGUUUGUGUCCGCCUUCCCUGAUGCCUUCCCGAAGGAUGCGAAAGCUCAAAAGACACAAGCCUAUCAACUUCGCAGUCAGCUCAGGCACAAUCUUGAACAGAUGAGCCAGCUCCGCGAUUGGCCUGAUAAGUCAUUCCCUAGACCACUACGGCAAUUCGUGUGUGCAGGCUUCACUGAGGACAUGAACGUAUGGUUAGUUCUUCGCGGCUCUGCUGUAAUUCCUUCUGGCGAUUUAACUGGUUUAAAACCGUGGAUCAAACAUAACCGGGACUUGAAACAGCUGGCGGAGAUUCUGGGCACUUCAUGUCUAUUUAGCAAACCUCUCACCGAUAAGAAGCUUACUGCGACAUCACUUCAAGACUGUAUCCAGAAGCUGGAGGUUUUAUUUUGUGGCUCAGGAAUUGAUCACGUCAACUCGGGCGAAGCAACAUCUGUGGUGGCAUUUUACCUGUGCGAAGCGGAUGACGACGCCUUUAUCAGACAUUUUCGAGGUUUACCUUGCCUGUCGACAAUCGGUAGGGACCCCAGUUCCGAGCCUGGGAAAUGGCAGUACCGAUGCGUUUUGGAAAAGCACGAGUCGUCGGUCACCCAAGACGAUCUCUUCAUAAACAAUCGACGACCGACAUACUCCAAGGCCUUUGAAUCUCAGUCUCAAGCUCUUCAAUGCUGGGAAGACAUCGUUGGAAGGUCCCAACAACUUUUAGAUCAUCGCUGUCCAAGGCCUUUUCCGGGCAGUAUGAGCAUGUCAGAUCGUCCUGAGGUUUUUGAGGCCGUCAAGCUCAUCCGAGCAUAUAUGCCCUGA